AUGACCGCCUUACUGAAGAAGCCCCUCAAACUUGCCUUGGUGCAGCUUGCAUCAGGCGCAGACAAAGCCGCUAAUCUUGCCCACGCCCGUACGAAGGUCCUCGAGGCUGCAAAGGCCGGUGCCUCCUUGAUUGUCCUUCCCGAGUGCUUUAACUCCCCAUACGGCACUCAAUAUUUUCCAAAAUAUGCCGAAACUCUUCUUCCGUCUCCUCCAACAAAGGAACAGUCUCCGUCCUAUCACGCCUUAUCAGCUCUCGCCGCUGAGGCCAAGGCGUACCUCGUAGGAGGCAGCAUCCCGGAGCUUGAAACCACAUCCAAGAAAUAUUACAAUACGUCGCUGGUAUUCUCACCGUCCGGCGCGCUCAUUGGAACCCACCGCAAGACCCACCUGUUUGACAUCGAUAUUCCCGGGAAGAUUACAUUCAAGGAGAGCGAAGUUCUGUCGCCUGGAAAUCAACUGACUAUUGUGGACCUACCUGACUACGGCAAAAUCGGUCUCGCCAUCUGCUAUGACAUCCGUUUCCCAGAGCCCGGCAUGACUGCUGCUCGCAAGGGUGCAUUCGCACUGAUCUAUCCUGGUGCUUUCAACACGACUACUGGUCCUUUGCACUGGCAGUUACUCGCUCGCGCCCGCGCAGUUGACAACCAGGUGUAUGUGGCAUUGUGCAGCCCCGCACGGGACACAACUGCCACCUACCAUGCCUACGGCCAUAGUCUGGUGGCAGAUCCCAGUGCGAAGAUUCUGUCAGAGGCAGAAGAGUCGGAGACUAUCGUCUACGCCGAUCUCGACCCCGAGACGAUUGAAAGUACGCGAAAGGGUAUCCCCAUCUACACCCAACGGCGGUUCGACUUGUACCCGGACGUAAGCGCCGGCAAGAACUAACGCACAUGUAUGAACACUGGACGAUGCUCCGAGUACCCAGUUUAUAGAGAAUUGAACGACGCCAAUUCGAGCAGUUAGACAUUAAGUCACUUCUAAGCUAUUAGUCAGAAGUUGUAUUUUGCUCGGCAGUAUAAUUGCAGCUUUCCAGCGGAGUUUGGACUAC